AAUAUUUCUCAGUAUUUGGCUAUACAUUUAUAUGUAUUUUCCACUUCAAGGCUGUGUGCUGCUCUGAUGGCGUCCAUUGUUGCCCAUCAGGAACAACUUGUGAUGUGUCAGCAGGAAAAUGUAACCGUGGCAACAGUUUUACAGAGUGGUUCACUAAACUUGAAGCUCAGCCAGUGGAAUCCAAAACAGUCAUAUGUGGCGGUGGUGCAUCCCAAUGUCCCGAUGGCAGCACAUGUUGUAAACUUUCAUCUGGACAGUAUGGUUGCUGUCCUUUACCAAAGGUAAGGUAUAAUUUGUAUUUGGAAAUAAAUUUAAUUCAGACGAUACCUUUAAUAUUUCUCACUACAUUUAUAUGGCUAUAUUUUUACAUAUAUUUUCACUUCAAGGCUGUUUGCUGCUCUGAUGGCGUUCAUUGUUGCCCAUCAGGAACAACUUGUGAUGUAUCAGCAGGAAAAUGUAACCGUGGCAACAGUUUUACAGAGUGGUUCACUAAAGUUGAUGCUCAGGCAGUAGAAUCCAAAACAGUCAUAUGUGGUGGUGGUGCAUCUCAAUGUCCCGAUGGCAGCACAUGUUGUAAACUUUCAUCUGGACAGUACGGUUGCUGUCCUUUACCAAAGG